AAGUAGCUGUUGCUACAGCGGAGCCACAAAAGGGAAGAAGGUGGGAUACAGAGGUCAGAAUCAGAAGGCUAUUCUGCUUUAUUUGCAGUUUGGGCGUUAUUCUUUCCCCUCCACUCUCAACACACAUAUAGUAUGACAAGUUCCCUUCAGUAUCAAAUGUGCCCAAAAGAUAAAUGAAUGAAAGAGAAGGACGGUGGGUGGGUGACAGCCUUGAUCACAUGAGGAGGAGCAGGAACUGGAGCUGGGCACCGGCAGUUUCUGCAGAGCAAGUCAGUGCAGGAAGUCGGAACUGCAAAGAAACAAUUAAGCUGUCUGAAAGGAUCUUCAUUAAGAGCACCACAACAAGAAGCAUUUUCAGAACAGAAAUGAACAGCUGGACAGCAAAUAACAGUUCCGUCAACAGUAAUGGAACAGAUCUCACUAUCGGCUUUAUCUCUUCUGCAAUAGCUGUCUUUUUAUUUGGGACAAACUUUGUACCUGUUAAGAAAUUUGAUACUGGUGAUGGAAUGUUCUUCCAGUGGAUUCUCUGUGCUGCAAUAUGGAUAGUAUCAUUGGUGGUGAACCUUAUUCGGAAUAGCCCUAGGUUUUGGCCUCUUGCUAUGGUUGGGGGUAGUGUAUGGGCUACAGGUAACAUUACAGUUGUCCCCAUUGUUAAAACCAUUGGUUUAGGUCUUGGACUCUUAAUCUGGGCUUCUUUUAAUUUGCUAACUGGCUGGGCAAGCUCAAGGUUCGGCUGGUUUGGAAUUGACCCAGAAGAGGUAUCAAAACCUAUCUUAAAUUAUAUUGGAGCUGGACUUUCAGUGUUAAGCACUAUCAUAUUUCUUUUUGUAAAAAGUGAAGUUCAGAGUUCUUCAACUUCGUUAGAAGUCACUCCAUUACUGAGAGAAAGGUCAGUCAACAAUUCUGAAAAUACCUAUUCUGAUGCUUCAUGGGUAGACAGUCUUUCUGCAGUACAAAAAAGAGUAAUAGGCUGUACCCUAGCAGUAGUAGCUGGAAUAUUCUAUGGUUCCAGCUUUGUGCCAGUGCUGUACAUCAAGGACCAUGGUAGAAGAAAUGGAACGGUAUACACAGGAGCAAGUCAAUUUGAUUUAGACUAUGUCUUUGCACACUUUAGUGGAAUCUUUCUCACAAGUACCAUAUAUUUUUUGAUGUACUGUGCAGUCAUGAAAAAUAAACCUAAAGUUUACCCUGAAGCCAUAAUACCAGGAUUUGUUGCUGGUGUGCUUUGGGCAAUAGCCAAUUGUUGCUGGUUCAUAGCUAAUCACUACCUCAGUGCGGUGGUCAGCUUUCCAAUAAUUACUGCAGGCCCUGGCUUUGUAGCUGCUAUGUGGGGAGUCCUGGUAUUUAAAGAAAUAAAGGGAUUGAAAAACUACCUGUUACUCUCCGUAGCAUUUUGCGUCAUUUUGGCUGGGUCACUCUCCACAGCAUUUUCUAAAAUUUGAAGGGAUUGCUUGGACCAGCAGAUGGUGCUACUGGGGAAUAAAAACACUCUAAGAAGACUGUGAUCUCUGACACUUUCUGAGAUGAUUAAUAGAUCUUCACUCUCACAAGAGACUGGCGAAUAUUCAUAAUUCAUGUUUUUUUAUGCCAACUGAGAAAAUUCAGCAGAAUUUGUUUCAGGCCUGAAACAAGUAAAAGAUAGUGUGGAAUAUUUUUUUAAAAUAUAUUGGAAGGUGCCAGUGUUGUCUUUCUGGGUGAUUUUAGGAGCAAAAAUUGGCCUUCAAAGGGUUUCAAAUAAUUUUUAUAAUUUUCUGAUAUAAUCCAUUGGUCUAUAAACUAUCAUUGAAUCAGGAUAAGUUUUAAUUCAUCUUUGCAGGUUGGAGGAUAAAGGGAAUAUUAAUUCUGGCUUCUUAAUAUUUUACUUUGCAAGGCAGUACAUUUGUUUUAAUAUAUUGUGUGUUCUGGUGUAUUAGGGCUGAUAUACAAAACAAUCUGGUAACAAAGUAACCAUAACAUCACUGAAGCAAGGUUUGUUGGGAAAGGAUGUUGUUUUGUAUUAUUAAGACGUUAUCUAUUAACAUGUAAGUUUACAUUAAAAAGGUAUCGGCUAUUCACUUUAUAGUUUGAAUGUAAAAGCUCUGUUGUUGAAAUAGUCAACAACGUUUAUUGAUGAUCAUUUCGUUUUGUUUUAUUGAAAGAAGUAGUUUACAGUUCCACUUAAAUUAUGCAAAUAUUAGUACCUUGGGCAUCAUUCUUGAAAUAUUUUCUGAAAUCUACUCAGUUGAAGUAGAAUUGUGAGGAAGUAUGCAAACAAUUUAUUCUGGAACUGGAGCAAUACCUUCAGUGUAAGAAAUGUAAGUUUGUUACCAGGUUACAUAUACAGUUAGUUAAAGAUUUGUUGACAGGCUGCAACUAUUGUGCAUUUUCUGAAUAGUCAGACUUUUUCUUAUAGCACAUUCCAUGUUAAAGUUGUGGCUGUCACAGUAACAUUUUGUAAUUGGUUAUACUAAAAAUUCAUGGUAAUUUCUAUGUUGUCAAACAGGUUUUGCUCAAGGGCAAAUUGCAUGUGAUGUAUCUUGACUCGAUUUGCAUGUACAAUUUCAAAAUAGAGUGAUUUCAAAAUAGCGGUGUUAGUCUGUAUCCACAAAAAGAACAGGAAUACUUGUGGCACCUUAGAGGCUAACAAAUUUA